CCCUUGGCCCUUUGAGUCGCGAUCUCGCUUCUUAGCCAUGAUGAAUGAACGAUGCGGCGCUUAAGUGAGGAGAAUGUAAUGUUCGUCUCUUUGUUGCGCUGCUCAGUUAUUUUUUUACGCGGCAGAAAAACUCCGCCCGCCAUUUUCGGCCUGAUCUUAUCGCACUCCCCCACGUCCGCGAAAAAGAUCACCGACGACUCCUCGGAGCGCGCAAAUGCUUUUUCAAGAUUUUUUUUUACAUUGGAUACCGAACUGGGAGAUAAAAUUGAAAACAGAUACUAACUCAGUCUCAAAUCUUCCGCUAUGGGGAAGUCGUCCAAAGACAAACGUGAUGCCUACUACCGUCUGGCGAAAGAGCAGAAUUGGCGCGCUCGUUCCGCCUUCAAGCUCAUCCAGAUCGAUGAACAAUUCGACCUAUUCGCUCAUGCAGACCCCGAUAGCGUCACGCGGGUCGUUGAUCUGUGCGCCGCUCCGGGUAGUUGGAGUCAAGUGCUCAGUCGAGUUUUGAUCAAAGGCGAGAGCUUUGGACGGAGAGCAUGGCUAGAGAAGAGACGGAAAGAAAAGAGAGCGUUGGAGAGACUGGAGAAGUACAAAGAUCGAUUGGAUGAUGCUGCAGUAGAUAUGGAAGACGGCGAAGAAGAGGAUACAGGCUUGAAGCCUCGGAAAAAUGUCAAGAUCGUCUCUAUUGAUCUCCAGCCCAUGGCCCCACUGGAAGGUAUCACGACUCUGAAGGCCGACAUUACGCAUCCAUCGACAAUUCCUCUGCUUCUACGCGCCUUGGACCCAGAGGCAUACACUUCAUCUUCCCAGUCCGUCUCUAAACAACCACACCCGGUGGACCUUGUUCUGUCCGACGGUGCCCCCGAUGUGACUGGACUCCACGACCUGGAUAUCUAUAUCCAGUCUCAACUUCUCUACGCGGCGCUCAAUCUGGCGAUCGGUGUUCUAAGGCCAGGUGGGAAAUUCGUUGCAAAAAUAUUCCGCGGAAGAGACGUGGACAUCAUAUACGCACAGCUCCGGACCGUUUUCCAGAAAGUCUCCGUGGCGAAGCCCCGAAGCAGUCGUGCUAGCAGUCUAGAGGCCUUCGUUGUGUGCGAGGGGUUCAUCCCUCCCACCAGAGAAGGGGAUGGCGAACGGCAAAUAGGACUAGGUGCCUUACAAGAUCCAUUGUUUGGAGGUGCUGCGGCCGUACCCACUGGCCCUGACCAUACGGUCGAGAUCGAAAUGCCCGAUGGAGAGGAUGAAGAGCGGGAAGAUCGCACUCCUGUUGCAGUAUCAGAACCAGUCUCCACUGCCCCCAACCACUUGACACAGACGCGAGUUCUGGACCCCUCAUCGCAGCCGCGGGGAAUCCAUCCAUUGGAAAGCCGCUGGAUCGCUCCCUUCAUCGCCUGCGGUGACCUAUCGGCCUGGGACUCAGACGCUUCGUACGCCUUACCCGAAGGCUAUGUCAGCCUGGAUCCAGUGCAACCACCUACAGCACCACCUUAUCGCCAGGCGCUCGAAUUGCGGAAGGAGAAGGGAGGCGCAUAUGGGAAAACUAAACUGGGUAGUAUCGGAAGGGCAUAACACCACGGUAAAAGUUGCGCGUUUGUCGAGAAAGUACUUUCUUCAUAUCAAAAUCGUCAAAUAUUCUGGGACGCUUUCUUAUUCACAAUAUUUCAUAUACUAUGCAUAGUAUGGCGGUGGUUAACAACCGAUAGUUGGUGGGAGGUACAAAAAAAGCCAGCUGCAUAUUAUAUCAAGAUACCCUGGAGUUGCAUAGAGAUAGGGGGCCUACUGGGGCUACACAAAAGUCAUAUUCAACAUUAUGAGCCUACAAUGCUACGAUUUGCAUGCGACAGCAGUUCCAACAGGAAAUUUAGGUUGCAUCUUAG